AUGACAAUUCCAACGACAAUACCAAAAGUAAUGACUCCAACAACAGUUUUAACAAAAAAGCACGAAACACCAAAAGCUAUGAUAAUUCUAAAGACUGAAAUCAUAACAACUCAAAAGAUCAGCAAAAGACAAAAUAGAAAAGUUAGUAAAAAACAAAAAAAGAAACAAAGCCUAAAAAAAGUUACCAAAAAUAACAACUCUAAUGACAACACCAAAAGUGAUAACUCCAAUGACAAUUUUAACAACAAAAGUUCCAAAAGCUAUGACAGCUCCAAAGACAAUGAAGAAGCACUGGAAAAGAAAGAAUACUGA